AUGUCCAGAGUCACCGCCCCCGUCGCCAAGCUCUCCCGCGCCAUCUCCUCCACCGCCGCCCCGGCCGCCGUCACCCGCAGCGGCAGCUCCCUCCUCGACAGCGCCGCCCAUCACCAUGCCGGCGCGCCCCUGAUGCCCAAGUACGCCGAGCUCCUCCACGACCGCGAGCAAAAGAAGCCCCCGUUUGCUCAGUCCCGCGGCAUCACCACCACCCACCGCCCGACCCCCCAGCCCAGCAUCGCCGGCCGUCCCCGCCCGCUCAUGCAGACCUUCCACUCCAGCGCUAGCCAGGUCGGCGUGCCCCCGAUGCACCUCGACGCCAUGAUCCUCCCCUCCAUGGACCUCGCCCCCGCCGCGCCAGCCGGCCCUCGCGUACCCCUGCUGCCUGACAACUACGGCGUCGCCCACGCCCCCGCGCCGCCCGUCCCCGAGGCCGCCUUCUCCAAGCCCACCAUCUUCGCCGCCGAGCCCGACCGCGUCGCGCCCGCCACCCCGCUCUCCGCCGUCGAGGGCCUGGCGCUCGACGGCAUCGAGCUCAAGUUUGCCCACGACGUGCCCGCUGCUGCUGCUGCCGACGGCGAGCACGGCCGCAUGAUUCGUGAUCUCUGGAAGGGCAUGGUCGACGACGUCCUUGGUCCCGUCCCCAAGACCAUCUAA